AUGGGCUUCUUUAGUCUAUUACUCAAUUGCAUCACAGCUUCUUCUUUAUCAUCUGCUGGAGAAUCACCACGUUUCUCCCUUUUGAGGACAAUUAAAGGUUUACCUAUAUUGGAACUAUCCUCCAUUUGCAUCAAUUUAACACUUGUCCUUGUGUUUCUUCUCAUAAUAUCUGCAAGGCAGAUUUCUCUUUGUGCUGGUAGAAUUCGAUUCCAUAAGGAUGAUCCUGUUGCAAAUUCUAGCCCAAUUAGGAGAAGCAUUACUGUUGAUGGAGAAGUUCAGCAGGUUAUAGUAGGUGCUGGGUUUAAAUUGUCCAUAUUUUGUUGUUUCUAUGUGCUUCUGGUGCAAGUCGUGGUGCUAGGAGUUGAUGGAUUUGGUUUGAUAAGAGGCGCCACUGAUGGGAAAGCUGUGGAUUGGUCUAAACUUGCCUUGCCUGCUGCUAAUGGUUUAGCUUGGCUCGUAUUGAGUUUUUCAGCUCUACGUUGUAAAUCUAAGGUGUCUGAGAGAUUCCCAAUGUUGCUAAGGGUAUGGUGGUUUGUUUCGUUUUUGAUUGGGUUGUGUACCUUGUAUGUUGAUGGGAAAUCGUUCUUAGUUGAUGGUUCAAACUACUUUUCUUCUCAUGUACUGGCCAAUUUCGCCGUAACCCCGGCACUUGCAUUUCUUUGUUUUGUUGCAAUUAGAGGUGAGACUGGUAUACAAGUUUGUAGAAAUUCUGACCUUUCGGAGCCAUUGCUUCUUGAAGAAGAGGCAGGGUGUCUUAAAGUUACUCCUUAUAGUAAUGCUGGGCUCUUUAGCUUGGCCACACUUUCUUGGCUAAAUCCACUUCUUUCACUUGGUGCUAAACGACCGCUUGAGCUUAAGGACAUUCCUCUUCUUGCACCAAAAGAUCGAACCAAGAGCAAUUAUAAGGUUUUGAAUUUUAAUUGGGAAAAAUUGAAGGCUGAAAGCCAGUCAGAGCAACCUUCUUUGGCUUGGGCACUUUGGAAGUCAUUCUGGAAGGAAGCAGCUUGUAAUGGUGUAUUUGCUCUGUUGAACACUCUUGUUUCCUAUGUCGGCCCAUACAUGAUUAGUUACUUUGUUGAUUAUUUGGGAGGGCGGGAGACUUUCCCACAUGAAGGUUAUGUUCUGGCUGGAAUCUUUUUUGCGGCGAAGCUCGUAGAGACAUUGACAACCCGACAGUGGUAUCUCGGGGUAGACAUUUUGGGUAUGCAUGUGAGAUCAGCUCUAACGGCAAUGGUAUACCGCAAGGGGCUGAAGCUGUCAAGCUUAGCUAAACAAAAUCAUACCAGUGGAGAAAUUGUUAAUUACAUGGCAGUUGAUGUUCAAAGAGUGGGAGACUAUUCUUGGUAUCUGCAUGACAUUUGGAUGCUUCCACUGCAAAUAAUUCUUGCUCUAGCGAUCCUAUAUAAAAAUGUUGGAAUUGCUUCCAUUGCCACAUUGAUUGCAACCAUUAUAUCCAUUGUUGCUACUGUUCCUCUUGCAAAGGUCCAAGAAGAUUAUCAAGACAAGUUAAUGGCUGCCAAAGAUGAAAGAAUGAGGAAGACUUCUGAGUGUCUAAGGAACAUGAGGAUUCUGAAAUUACAAGCAUGGGAGGAUAGGUACCGAGUGGGAUUGGAGGAGAUGAGAGGAGUGGAAUUCAUGUGGCUACGGAAAGCCCUCUAUUCUCAGGCCUUUGUUACAUUCAUUUUUUGGAGCUCCCCUAUAUUUGUUGCAGCUGUUACAUUUGCAACAUCAAUAUUGUUGGGAGGUCAACUCACAGCAGGCAGUGUUCUUUCUGCACUGGCCACUUUCAGAAUCCUUCAAGAACCACUCAGAAAUUUUCCAGACCUGGUGUCUAUGAUGGCGCAGACAAAGGUUUCAAUUGAUCGAAUUUCUGGUUUCCUGCAGGAGGAAGAACUGCAGGAAGAUGCCACCAUUGUUCUGCCCCGAGGCAUGUCAAAGGUGGCCAUAGAGAUUAAGGAUGGUGAAUUUUGUUGGGACCCCUCUUCUUCAAGGCCCACCUUAUCUGGAAUACAAAUGAAAGUAGAAAAUGGAAUGCGUGUGGCAGUUUGUGGCACAGUUGGAUCUGGGAAAUCAAGCUUUCUCUCAUGCAUUCUAGGGGAGAUUCCUAAGAUAUCUGGGGAAGUUCGAGUGUGUGGUACAGCUGCCUAUGUCUCUCAGUCGGCUUGGAUACAGUCUGGAAAUAUUGAAGAGAACGUUCUUUUUGGUAGUCCAAUGGAUAAAGCAAAAUACAAGAGUGUUAUUAAUGCUUGUACCUUGAAGAAGGAUUUUGAACUCUUUUCACAUGGAGAUCAGACCAUAAUUGGAGAUAGGGGUAUAAAUCUGAGUGGCGGACAGAAACAACGCGUGCAGCUUGCAAGGGCUCUUUAUCAAAAUGCUGAUAUUUAUUUACUUGAUGACCCCUUCAGUGCCGUUGAUGCACACACUAGCUCAGAACUGUUCAAGGAAUACAUAAUGACAGCACUGGCAAGUAAGACUGUUGUUUUUGUGACCCAUCAAGUUGAAUUUCUACCUACUGCAGAUUUGAUACUGGUUCUUAAGGAAGGUCGUAUCAUACAGGCAGGAAAAUAUGAUGAACUUCUACAGGCUGGCACUGAUUUUGAAACUCUUGUCUCCGCUCACCAUGAAGCAAUUGAAUCCAUGGAUAUUCCAACUCACUCAUCAGAAGACUCGGAUGAAAAUUUGCAACUUGAUGGGAAAAAAAUAUUAAAAAAGAAAAGUGAUUUGGCUGGAAAUAGUAUUGACAAUUUAGCAAAGGAAGUGCAAGAUGGUGCAUCAGCUUCAGACACAAAAGCAAUUAGAGAGAAAAAGAAAGCAAAACGGAGAAAAAAUCAGCUUGUUCAAGAAGAGGAAAGGGUAAAAGGAAGAGUCAGCAUGAAGGUGUACUUGUCAUAUAUGGCGGCUGCAUAUAAAGGCCUUUUGGUACCCCUUAUUGUUCUUGCGCAAACAUUAUUCCAGUUCCUUCAAAUUGCUAGUAAUUGGUGGAUGGCAUGGGCAAACCCCCAGACCGAUGGAGAUCAAGCUAAAGUCACACCUAUGGUCCUCCUUGUUGUUUAUAUGGCCCUUGCUUUUGGGAGCUCUUGGUUUAUAUUUAUGAGGGCUGUUCUGGUAGCCACAUUUGGUCUUGCAGCUGCACAAAAAUUGUUUAUCAAUAUGCUUAGAAGUGUGUUUCGAGCCCCAAUGUCUUUUUUCGAUUCAACUCCAGCUGGGCGGAUCUUAAAUCGUGUGUCUAUUGAUCAAAGUGUUGUGGAUCUUGAUAUUCCUUUUAGGCUCGGUGGGUUUGCUUCAACAACAAUACAACUUGUCGGAAUUGUUGGUGUGAUGACAAAAGUUACUUGGCAAGUUCUGCUGUUUGUUAUUCCAAUGGCUGUUGCUUGCUUGUGGAUGCAGAAAUACUACAUGGCUUCAUCGAGAGAACUGGUCCGUAUUGUUAGCAUUCAGAAAUCUCCAGUUAUUAAUCUGUUUGGUGAAUCAAUUGCUGGAGCGGCCACGAUUAGAGGUUUUGGGCAAGAGAAAAGGUUCAUGAAGAGAAAUCUUUAUCUUCUUGAUUGUUUCUCCCGCCCAUUCUUUUGCAGUCUUGCUGCUAUUGAGUGGCUCUGCCUGAGGAUGGAAUUACUUUCGACCUUUGUAUUUGCUUUUUGCAUGAUCUUGCUUGUGAGUUUCCCACAAGGAAGUAUUGAUCCGAGUAUGGCAGGGCUUGCUGUGACAUAUGGCCUAAACUUGAAUGCACGGUUAUCACGGUGGAUACUUAGUUUUUGCAAGCUCGAGAAUAAAAUUAUUUCCAUAGAGAGGAUUUAUCAGUACAGCCAAAUUCCAAGUGAAGCUUCUUCUGUUAUUGAAAACUCCCGCCCUCCGUCUUUGUGGCCGGAACAUGGAACAAUUGAAUUGCAUGAUUUAAAGGUUCGCUAUGCUGAAAAUCUUCCUGUGGUGCUUUAUGGAGUAACCUGUGCAUUUCCUGGUGGCAAAAAGAUAGGAAUUGUUGGGCGUACUGGAAGUGGUAAAUCUACUUUGAUCCAAGCAUUAUUUCGAUUGAUUGAGCCAGCUGGUGGGAAAAUCAUUAUAGACAACAUUGACAUUUCCACAAUUGGGCUCCAUGACCUACGUAGCCGUCUUGGUAUCAUACCCCAAGACCCUACAUUAUUUGAAGGAACUAUUAGAGACAAUCUUGAUCCUCUUGAAGAGCAUUCAGAUCAUGAAAUUUGGGAGGCUCUUGAUAAGUCUCAGCUCGGAGAUAUUGUGCGUGAGAAAGACCAAAAGCUUGAUGCACCAGUUUUAGAAAAUGGAGAUAACUGGAGUGUGGGGCAGCGGCAACUUGUUUCCCUCGGCAGGGCUUUGCUCAAACAGGCAAGAAUACUCGUGCUUGAUGAAGCAACAGCAUCAGUUGAUACUGCCACCGAUAAUCUCAUACAGAAGAUCAUCCGAACAGAGUUUAUGAACUGCACUGUUUGCACUAUUGCACACCGUAUUCCAACCGUAAUCGACAGUGAUUUUGUUUUGGUGUUAAGUGAUGGUCGAGUUGCAGAGUUUGAUACUCCGGCACAUCUCUUGGAGGAUAAAUCAUCUAUGUUUCUGAAGUUAGUAACCGAGUAUUCCUCUAGAUCAAGUGGUAUACCGGAUUUCUGAAACAGAUUACAAGCCCAAAAUUCUUCCAGUCGGGCAAUUGUGAGCUAAGGGACCAUCCAAGAGUGAACCAGCUGCCACUGCUUCUUUCUUGCGGCACUCGGCUAACACAAUGACGAAGUGCAAAGGCAAAUGUGUGUGCUUGACCAAGCCAUUUAACCAAAACCUCAAGUAAUUUCAACUUCAAGGUAAUUUUCGAGUAAAUUCGUCCCCUAAAGUUCAUUUAUGGUUAGCAGCCUAACAUACCUUGUAACUGAAAAUAAGCUCGACGGGUAGAGUCUAUGGAAGGAGAAAAAAUAAGAACAAUGGAGGGUUCAUAUUGGUUUGAAGAUGUGCAAUAACAUAGUGGGUCAGAGAAUGUUAGUAUGUGGUUGGGAGAAACUUGUAGAGUUGAAGGAAGUAGUUAGAUCCCACUCUUUCUACUGCCAAAAAUGUUGUAGACUGAACAACAUUAAAUUUUGCUUGUUCUCUUUAAUUUUUCA